AUGGACGCCGUGGCCCGCAGCACGGCCGGCACCGGCCGCAGCCGCGCCUGCUGCACCUUCUGUGGGGUGCUGCGGCGCCGCGCACUGGAGGAAGGGGCGCGCCUCGUGGGAGCCACNCGCCGCCCGCGCUCCGGCCAAGCGCUGUGCGGGGCCUGCUUCUGCACCGCCUUCGAGGCCGAGGUGCUGCACACGGUGCUGGCGGGCCGCCUGCUGCCGCCCGGCGCCGUGGUGGCCGUGGGCGCCUCCGGCGGCAAGGACUCCACGGUGCUGGCGCAUGUGCUGCGCGAGCUCACGCCGCGCCUGGGCGUCUCGCUGCGCCUGGUUGCAGUGGACGAGGGCAUCGGCGGCUACCGGGACGCGGCGCUGGCGGCCGUGAGGCGGCAGGCGGCGCGCUGGGACCUCCCGCUCACCGUCGUGGCCUACGCAGACCUCUUCGGGGGCUGGACGAUGGACGCCGUGGCCCGCAGCACGGCCGGCACCGGCCGCAGCCGCGCCUGCUGCACCUUCUGUGGGGUGCUGCGGCGCCGCGCACUGGAGGAAGGGGCGCGCCUCGUGGGAGCCACGCACAUCGUGACGGGCCACAACGCCGACGACAUGGCGGAGACCGUGCUCAUGAACUUCCUGCGGGGCGACGCGGGCCGGCUGGCGCGGGGCGGGGGCCUGGGCUCGCGGGGCGAGGGGGGUGCA